AAAACUCCAAAAUUAGGGCUUAGAAAACCCUAACCGUAUUCUGACCAUAUUCUCGUUUCCUUUCCCUUCAAUUUGAUUAGUGGCUUUUAAUGACAUUUUAUAUUUACAAAUAGUGUGCCCUUUUGUUUUGUUCCUGAUUUCCUUGAACCGACAAUGGCGGAACACUUGGCUUCAAUCUUCGGCACCGAGAAGGACCGCGUGAAUUGUCCCUUCUAUUUCAAGAUUGGAGCAUGCCGGCACGGGGACAGGUGCUCACGGCUCCACAAUCGUCCGACGAUCUCUCCAACCUUCCUGCUUUCGAAUAUGUACCAGCGCCCCGACAUGAUCACACCUGGAGUGGACGCCCAAGGCCAGCCCAUCGACCCCCGCAAGAUUCAAGAGCACUUCGAGGACUUCUACGAGGACAUCUUCGAGGAGCUCAACAAGUUCGGCGAGAUCGAGAGCCUCCACGUCUGUGACAACCUUGCUGAUCACAUGAUCGGAAAUGUGUAUGUUCAGUUCAGGGAGGAGGACCAGGCAGCGGCCGCACUCCAGGCUCUUCAAGGAAGGUUCUACUCCGGUCGGCCUAUCAUUGCAGAUUUCUCCCCGGUCACUGAUUUCCGCGAGGCCACUUGUCGACAAUACGAGGAGAACAGCUGUAACCGUGGGGGUUACUGUAAUUUUAUGCACGUCAAGGUAAUUGGGAGGGAGCUGAGAAGGAAGCUGUUCGGGAGGUACCGCAAGUACAGAAGUAGGAGCAGGAGCGCCAGUCCACACCGAUGGAGUGCCAGUCCACGCCACAGGCGUGGCAGAGAGUCCAGGGACCGUGACCGCGAGAGGAAUGGGCGAAGAUCUGACCGGCAUGACCGUGAAAGCAGCGGUAGGAGAAAGCACGGGAGUCCUAGGCGAAGCAGAAGCCCUCCACCUGCUAGGGAAGGGAGUGAGGAGCGGAGAGCCAGGAUUGAACAAUGGAAUCGAGAGAGGGAAGAGAAGGAGUAAGACAGCUUGUUUGUUUCUAAAUUUUCGCUUCCCCCCCUCUUUUGGUAUGGAUUCCUACUUUUAGAUUCACGUGAUGUUUUUGUUAUAUGCUUCUGCAACUCUGUACUUGGAUAGGACUUUUUUAAGAAUUGAACUUGAGUGUUCAUUUUGAACGAUGAUGGAACCAUUUUUAGUUUUUCAUGUUUUUUUUUUCUUGUACUGACAGUCAUAAACGUGGUAUAUGUAUCUCUGUUGAAUACUUUUAUUUUAUUUUAGUCGAUGGUUAAAAUUCCAAGCUA